GCAGGUGAGCGAGGGCAGGGUGUGGCUCCCAGAGAAACUUCGCACCUCUUCCUCUCCUCUUCCUCUCCUCUCCUCCUUCUCCUCCUCCUCGUCGACUUGCACUCGUUGAGUCACCAGUUGCUUGUGUGCGAGUGUUCAAGUGCAAAUUGGGAUUUAGUUUGCGUGUUCGCAGUCAGUUCGGUGGUCAUGGGAGCGCUGCAGUGCGUCAAGUACCUGCUCUUCAUCUUCAACGUCCUCUUUUGGCUGGCCGGCACGGGCGUGCUGGCGGUGGGGCUAUGGCUGCGCUUCGACAGCAGGACGUCCGGACUGUUUGAGGGCGACGACUCGCCCUCCGUCUUCUUCACAGGCGUGUACAUCCUGAUCGCGGCCGGAGCGCUGAUGAUGGUGGUGGGCUUCCUGGGAUGCUGCGGCGCCAUCAAGGAGUCGCCGUGCAUGCUGGGAUUGUUCUUCCUGUUCCUGCUCGUGAUCUUCGCCGUGGAGGUGGCGGCGGGCAUCUGGGGUCUGUCCAACAAGGAUCGCGUGGUGGACGACGUGACCGAGUUCUACAAGCAGACUUACACCAACUACAAGGACACCAGGCAGGAGGCGCUCAAGGAGACCCUCCGCCUCAUCCACUUCGGCCUGAACUGCUGCGGGCCAACGGGCACGGUGAUCGACGCCGCCAAGGACAUCUGCCCCAAGAAGGAGGGGCUGGAGGCGCUCAUCACCACGAGCUGCCCGGCCGCCAUCGAGGAGAUGUUCAACAACAAGCUGCACAUCAUCGGCGGCGUGGGCAUCGGCAUCGGCGUCAUCAUGAUCUUUGGCAUGAUCUUCAGCAUGAUGCUCUGCUGUGCCAUCAAGCGAUCCCGAGACUUUGUUUAACCCCGUCGGGCGCCCGCUCCCGCCUUCAGUUUAGUAACCAAUGCUUUUUCUACUUUUUUUUUUUUUUUUUUUU